AUGGAUUUUGUUAUUGGUCUUCUACGUACUCAAUGUGGAUCUGAUUCCAUUUUUGUUAUCGUUAACAUAUUCUCCAAAAUGGCACAUUCCAUUCAUUGCAAGAAAUCUAAUGAUGCUUCUCAUAUUGGAAAACUGUUUUUCCAGGAGAUUGUUCGUUUACAAGGCAUUCCUAAGACCAUUACUUCUGACAGAGAUGUGAAUAGUGCUUCUCAUCCUCAAACUGGUAGCCAAACUAAAGUGGUGAACCGCACUCUUAGCAAUCUUCUGCAUUGCAUUUGUAGUAAUAAGAAAAUCGUUUGGAAUCUUGCUCUUGCCCAAGCAGAAUUUGCUUACAACAGUUCUCUCCAUAGUUCUACAAGGAUGUCACCCUUUGCAGUUGUGUACAGGAGAAUGCCAGCGUAUACAAUUGAUCUUGUUACCCUUCCUACAGGUUUUCAUAACAGUAUUGCAACAAACAACUUGGCAAAUCAGCAUGUGGACAUUUUCAAACAGGUACAACAAUGCCUUGCGGAAGUCAAUGACAAGUAUAAAGUUGCAGCUGAUAAACAUAGACAUUUCAAGUCCUUCAAUAUCGGUGAUCAAUUUAUAGUGAAAAUGGCAUCGACAACAGAGCAGACAGUUGUUGAAAAUGAAGUUGAGCAGAUUGGACUGCUGAAUGGAGUUGAGGAUUUCUAUGAAGGAAUUACUGUAGAAAUCGAAGAACAUAUGGACUCCCACGUUUUCGUUCCUCUACUUAGAGCUUCCAUUUCAAAAUGGAAAAACCAGGGAAAAAGAGGUGUAUGGAUCAAAUUACCAAUUGAAUUUUCUAAUCUCGUCCAUCAUAUAGUUCAGGAAGGAUUUAGGUACCAUCAUGCUGAAGCAGAUUACUUGAUGUUGGUGCGUUGGCUACCUAACACUCCUGAUACUCUUCCUGUUAAUGCUUCACAUCGAGUGGGCAUUGGAGCAUUCAUACUAAAUAAAAAAAGACAGGUGCUAGUAGUUCAAGAGAAAAGUGGUGGAUUCAAAGGCACAGGGGUAUGGAAGUUACCUACUGGGGUAGUCAAUGAGGGUGAAGAUAUUUGCGAGGCUGCAGUUCGAGAGGUUAAAGAAGAGACUGGAAUCGACGCAGAAUUUAUGGAAAUUUUAGCAUUUAGACAAAGCCACCGGUCGUUCUUUAGCAAAUCAGAUUUAUUUUUUGUUUGUAUGUUACGACCAAAUUCCUUUGAAAUCCACAAGCAAGAUUCAGAAGUUGAGGCUGCUCAGUGGAUGGAAAUGGAGGAAUAUGUGAAUCAACCAUACAACAAAGAACACAAACUCUUUCAAUAUGUUGCAGAAAUAUGCGAACUUAAGUCUCAAGGGGGUUACGUUGGAUUUUCUGCGAUUUCUACAGCCACAGAUUCGGAUCAAAACACAUACCUGUACUUCAACGGCUCAGAUUUUACCAAAAUCUAAGACCGUUAGAUUGCAACUUUAUAUUUGCUGAUCAAACUAAACUACUUAGCACAAACUAUGAGUGUAUUUUUCUUUUUUUUUUUUGAAUGAUUUGAGUGAGAAUUAAACU